GAGCAACUGAGCCACCGUUGUGCUCGAGCCUAAACCUCAUUGUCUCAGACCACAAUUCCACGGACACAGCAUGAUCCGCCGCCAGAUACGUGAGCGUCGCCAAUACAUUUACGCCAAGUCGCUCGAAGCUCAGGAACGACAGACGUAUGAACGCAAGCAGCAGAUCAAGGACGCACUAGCCAGCGGGAGGGCUCUACCCACGGAGUUGCGGAAAGAUGCACCAAAUUUGGGCAAAGACCUAGCAUUUGACGAGGCACAAGCGGACCCAACUACGCAUAUCGACGAUGAGUAUUCCACGGCGGGCAUUCAAGAUCCCAAAAUAAUCGUGACAACUUCUCGCGACCCGAGCUCCAAACUGCAACAAUUUGCCAAAGAAAUUCGGCUUGUCUUCCCGAACUCUCACAGAAUCAACAGGGGAAACUACGUAGUGAAAGAGCUGGCGGAAGCGUGCAGAGCAAAUGAUGUGACGGACCUGGUCAUUCUGCAUGAGCACCGUGGUGUGCCAGACGCGAUGAUUGUAUCGCAUUUUCCCCAUGGUCCCACCGUCUUUUUCACGCUACACAAUGUCUUGCUCCGGCACGACAUAAGCUCGUACAAGGAGUCGACCGUCUCGGAGCAAUACCCCCAUCUCAUAUUCGAGAACUUCAGCUCAAAAUUAGGAGAGCGGAUACAAGACGUGUUGAAGUACCUCUUCCCUGUGCCAAAGGAGGAUAGCAAACGAGUAAUGACCUUCUCAAAUGAGGAUGAUUUCAUCUCCUACAGACAUCACGUUUUUAUGAAAAUUCCACCGCGAGAGGUUCAAUUAGCUGAAGUCGGCCCUCGUUUUGAGAUGAAACCAUAUGAGAUUCGGCAGGGCACGAUAGAGCAAAAGGAGGCCGAGCGUGAAUGGGUACUGUCGCAUUACUCAAGGACGGCGAAGAAACGGUCGCUGCUGACGGGCCCUGGCGCUCGCGCGAGCUCAAAUGCCGAGGAUGCAGAUUCAAAUCCAAAGAAACGGGCGCGGCGUUGACACUAUGAGAUAGAAACAUGCCAUGUCGGUAAUACGCUUUUGAGCGAUUUUCUCAGCCAGGAACACGGGCGGCUCCGAAGGGUCACGAGGCAGCACAUCCUCCAUGCACUUCGAGCUUAGGCUAGUAUUCAGCUCAUACCUUGGAUGAGGAGGCAUAAAACGCGAUCAAUAGCACCGCUAUG